UCCAAGACAAAGCGCAGACUAGUGUAGUUGUGUAAACCCUUUAAAAGUAGACCUUUUCGCCCUGCUUUCCGACACGUUUUCGCAGUGGAGCCUCAUGAGCUGAGGGGCGCAGGAGCCUCCACACUGUGCGCACCUGUUCGCCGGUGUUCGCAGGUCCCUUUCGUCAGUGAACAUGGGAACUUCGCAGUCCGUGGAAAUGCAGCAGAAUUUCCAAGACCUCGCAGAGAACACUGGUUUUUCUCUGGAGCAGGUCAGAAACCUGUACAAAAGGUUUAAGUACUUGGCCAAGGACGAGGACACUUUAAGCAAGGCCAGUUUUGAAACCAUCAGUGAUUUGGCAGAGAACCCCAUCAAAAACCAGAUCAUCAAUGCCUUCUUUGAUAAAAGGAACUUUGGUAACUAUGAGAAGGGAACUGUGUCAGAGAUCAGCUUUGAGCAGUUCCUCACCGUGAUGUCAUUCUUCCGCCCACUGGGACAAGACGUGAAACAGGAGGAUAAAGAGAAGAUCAGAAGGGAGAAAUUGCACUUCCUGUUCAACAUGCACGACAAAGACGGCAGCGGUACCAUCACGCUGGAUGAGUACAGACGGGUCGUGGAGGAGUUGGUGUCCAGCUCCGGAACCACAGAGAGCGAAACGGCCAAGGUCAUCGCUGACGCCGCCAUGCUUGAGGUGAUGAAUGUCACCAUGGAGGAAAUGGGAGCACAUGAUGGAAUCAACUUUGAGGACUUUUUUAAGAUUUUAAAAGGCUUCGAGCUCGAGUCACGUAUGCAUGUCCGCUUCCUGAACAUGGACACUACGACAAUGAACUGCAGAAAGUGACAUUUUCCCUGUGGAAGGCAAAGCUUUAACUUACACUGCCCCCAGUCUACAGCAGUCCUGCAGUUGGCCCAGCCACGCCCCAAGCGUAUUUCAGCAACCAACCCACAGCACAUAUGUGCGCUCUCAUGCUGCUCCGGGAGACGGCAGCAGGCGUGUGAACAAGUCAAACAGGUUCACUGACAUUCCUGCUUCUGCAUCUGUGAGCAGUGGCUGAUGGGAAUGUUAGGCAGGAGAUACAGCCCAGCUCCAGUAGGAAAUGAGUUAUGGCUAAAGCAUCACACCCUCUGGAUUUAACUGUUCACAGUUCCCUUUUCAAUGUACCCAUGUCAAAUGCCUUAUAAAAUCUCCAUUAAAUUUCUAUUUGCAUUAAAUGCAGUCACCACUGGUGAUACAAUAUGAAGUACACACACACACACACACACACACACACCUUGGUUAAUUUCUUAACUAUAUAACUGAGACCUGAUUUAACAGUUUCCUGAUGCGAUA